UUUCUCUUUCUGAUGACAGGUAAACAGGCAUAAACCUCAAUGGGAAAAGGAAACCAUACUUCUGUGACUGAAUUUAUCUUGUUGGGACUUUCUCAGGAUCCAAAGAUCCAGAUCUUACUGUUCUGUAUUUUCCUAAUCAUCUACUUUCUCUCAGUAUUUGGAAAUCUGAUCAUAAUAAUCCUUAUCCAGUUUGACUCUAGACUUCACACUCCCAUGUACUUUUUCCUCAAAAACUUGUCCUUUGCAGAUCUCUGUUUCUCCACAAGCAUUGUGCCCCAGAUGUUGGUCCACUUCCUUGUGAAAAAGAAAUCUAUUUCCUUCAUUGGAUGCUCACUACAGAUAGUUGUCUUCCUCCUAGCUGGGUGUACAGAAUGUGUUCUGCUGGCUGUGAUGUCCUAUGAUCGCUAUGUGGCUGUCUGCAAGCCUCUGCAUUACUCCACCAUCAUGACUCAGAAGGUUUGUGUCCAGUUGACCAUUGUGUCCUGGAUCAGUGGGGCACUUGUUUGUUCAGUGGAUAGUGCCUAUACACUUUGUCUGCCCUAUCAAGGACAAAAUUUAAUUAAUCAUUACUUUUGUGAACCACCUGCACUCCUGAAGCUGGCUUCAGCAGACACCUAUGAUGCUGAGAUGGCUCUCUUUUCAAUGGGUGUGGUCAUCCUCUUAGCACCAGUCUCUCUCAUCUUUGUCUCCUACUGUCACAUUAUCUCCACCGUGAUUCGGAUGCAGUCAGGGGAGGGAAGGCUCAAGGUGUUCUCUACUUGUGGCUCCCAUCUCACUGUUGUGGUUCUCUACUACGGCUCUGGAAUAUUUGCCUACAUGAGACCUAACUCCAAGACAAUGAGUGAAAAAGACAAGGUCAUCUCUGUGUUCUAUUCAGUUAUGACUUCCAUGUUGAACCCCAUCAUUUACAGCCUGAGGAAUAAGGAUGUGAAGGGAGCUCUCAGAAAGCUCAUUGGAAAAUAA